AUGGUGUUCAUAUCCUCUUUGAACGUGCCUCUUGGCUACGAGACGCCGCUGUUUCCCGGGCUCUACUGGGCGCUUUCGGGGGCCCCGGCCAAAUAUCUCUACUACCCGCAUGACAUCUGGGUUUUCACCAUCUACUGGGCCUUGAUAUUCUUUUUGGCCGCGUACAUUAUUGUUGGAUGUGGAUGUGCUGCAAGCAUGGCACUUCGUAGGUCUCGCAUGCCCAAGCUGGUGGUGAGAACAGGGGUUUUUGCAGGCUUAGAGCCACUCUUGGUGGCGGCUUUGUACGCCCUUAUGGGCGCGGUGCAAGGCGCCAUUGCAGGCACCAUUAUCGGCGUGAUCUUGGCCAUUCUCUACAGAGCGGGCUCUUUGACCAUGAAUGUUUGGGUGCCCUUUUGCUGGGGGCUUGCAGCAAUUCUAUACCACAUUUCCUCCAGCUACAGUACAAGUCUGUUGUUGUUAUGA